AUGAACAGGGUUAAGAAACUCAAGAGCGAGUCAACCGAGUUGCCUGACUGUAUUAUAUCGUAUAUCUUUUCCAAGUUAAGUUUGAAGAAUUUGGUGAAAACUAGUGUUUUGUCCAAACAAUGGUAUCACGAAUGGGGUUUAAAGAAGGACCUCAAAUUUGAUCUCUUUAACAUGUUUGAUUAUGAUACAAUUCCAGACUCACCAAUAACCCUUCCACUCUUUCAACAACUUCAAUCUCAAUUUGCCGCAAGUUUGGAUACUUUCAUGCACAAAUAUCCCGGUGACACCAUCCGUUCAAUCCAAGUUAGUUUUCCAUUAGGUGUCGAUCAUACUUAUGCCAUCGAUGGAUUGAUUCACAAUGGACUUCUUAAGGGUGUCAAUCGUAUUGAGCUGCUAUUAGCAAAUAAAACUAAUUUUAAAAAGCCAUACAUAACUGAUUUAAAAAUAGAGCCAUACAAAUUUUUAUUCCCUUUCUUGUCUGGCCCUAAUUCUCUCACAUAUCUACACCUACAGAACUGCCAUAUAGCAGCAACUAUGGAAUUUUCUGGAUUGAAGAAUUUGACAACUCUUGUGUUGACUCGAGUUCCUGUGGAGCAGAAUAUGCUUCAGGAUCUGUGUUUUAACUGCAUCCGUCUUGAGAACUUCACUCUUAAUCAAUGUUGCUUCCUAUCUCACUUAAAAAUAACUAGUCCAACAUUGCUUCAUUUGAACAUUAACUGCAAGCCUCUCAUCACAAUGCCGUGGAAUAUUGAUAUCAUGUCACCAAGUCUCUUAUACAUAGAAUAUUCUCCCAAAUUUUUCCCAAAUCUAUUACCCAAGGUGAAAAUUGACUCUCCUAUGUUAUCCAAGCUUACCUAUAGAAGCGCUAAACUUUUUAAUCUCGAGUUUUCUAGACUGACAAAUGUUACAACAAUUGUGUUGGAUCGACUCUGUGAAGAUGAUGAUGCCAUAACACAUUUGUUUUCUAAAUGUCUCCAACUGGAAGAUGUCACCUUAAACAUGUGCCGCUUCACGUCUGAUGUCAACAUUAUCAGUGCAAAGUUGCGUCACUUGAGUUUAGUUCAUUGUUACCAUAGGUAUAGCCGUACUUGUAAGAUUGAUAUUCAUGCUAUGAAUCUCUCAUCUUUUCAAUAUAGAGGUUACAAGCAUAUGAGGAGCAUGGUUUCUCUUGAGGCUCCAAAGUUAUUGAAGGUUUUUUGGGAUGCCGGUUUUAACGAGAUAAAUGUCUAUAACUUUUCUACAACUUCAAGAUUACAUCAACAUGAGAAUUUCGCUAUGCCAAUGACCCUUUCACAGAUAUCCAAGUUGACGAACGAGUAUUUGAUUCAAUAUCCAAAACUUACACAAUUGGAAUUAUUUACUGGUGGAGCAUAUAAUCCUAAUAUGGAUAGCUUUUGGAUUUUAGAUAUUGCAAUGGCUUCUCAGGAUCUCCUAAAACUUUCUCUAAGAGUUACUUAUUCAACCCUUUAG